AUGCUGCACGGCGGCUUACAAGAGAACACCCCCGUUGGCGAGUGCAUCGAGUCUCGCCGGUUCACCGUUGGAGGCUACCGGUGGUUCAUCGAAUACUACCCCAACGGCAAGUCCUCCAGUGUUUCCAACUGCAUCUCAGUUUAUCUCGUCCUCGACGACGACGGCGUCGCCGAACCUGUUCAGGCGCAGUACCAAUUCAGGCUCGUUAACCAACUUGAGAAGGAACAGUUGCCAUCCAUUCCUGAGGUCAUGAAUUAUACAUAUUUCUCCAACAGUUACCCUAGUUGGGGUAGAUUGAUCAGAAAGGACGUUCUUGAGCAAUCGAAGUUUUUCUGGGACGAUAAUUUCACCAUCCGUUGCAGUGUGAUCGUCGCCAAGAAGCUCAGAAGCAAGAACCAAGAAUCGAUCGUGGUGCCGCCGUCCGACAUCCGCCGGGAUUUCGGCGAUCUCCUCCGGACCGAGGACGGCGCCGACGUGACGUUCCAGGUCGCCGGCGAGUUGAUCGCCGGUCACCGGUGCGUGCUCGCCGCCCGGUCCAGCGUCUUCAAGGCACAGAUCUUGGGAGAGACGAACGACGGUAGUCAGAAGCCGACGCAAGCAGACAUGGAGCCACAGGUGUUCAAAUCCUUGCUCACUUUCAUUUACACUGACUCGUUGCCUGAGUUGGAGGACGAAGAGGAAACUGAUGGUGGUGAUGAGAUGUGGUCACCAUUGCUCGUAGCGGCAGAUAGGUACGAUCUCCAGAGGCUGAAGCUGAUAUGCGCGAAGAAGCUGUGCGAGCGGAUCGAUGCGAGCACGGUGGCCGAUAAUCUUGGGCUCGCUGAGAAGCAGCAUUGCCGUCUGCUGAAGGAGGCGUGCUUGGAGUUCCUCAAAGCUCCGGCGAAUUUGAAGGUUGUACUGGCGAGUGACGGCUUGGAUCACAUAACUGCAACCUGCCCCUCUGUUCUGAAGGAGCUCCUUGCUAAGUUUGCAUCUUAA